UUCAUUUUAAGUACACACUAAUUCAGGAAGUUUAGGAACAGAAAACAAACGGAUUGUGUCUCUCUGUGUGACACACUCUGUGUGACAAGAGUGUCACACUGUGGCACUCUUGUUGGAAAGCACCCAAUGUAGUCUAGUGUAACGAUAAAGAACUAACCAUAGAGGACUGCUCCGGGAUCUCCCGUUUCAUAAAGGUUAUAUCCCCCAUAUUCAACGGGAUUUCCACGAGAUCGAAAGAAGUGGCGCGAAGCCAGAGGGGCGAGCUUAUGUCGCCUAUUACUUUUCGAGAAUCGCGUUUUGUAAAUGGACAAUCUGCCGGAGCUUAUACCGGCGAAGAAGAGAUGCACAAUGCUGAUGAAUGGGGGCAGAUUGCGGCCGGUGGAGCAUGUGCGGGAAUUCCAAUUGCCGCGACAGUACCCCGACACGAUGAAACAGGCCUUGAAGGGUGGUGUAAAUUCCAUGGAGUCUACUGCGUCAAAUUUUACGCCCCCCGACGAUGCGGUGUUAUCCAAAACAAAGAGUCGAAUUCCAUACAAUCUUCCAAAGUUGAGAAUCUUAUCUCCAGGUGGCAGGGACCUAGGGGAGUUCAACUUAAAGCUACGGUCCGAUGACCCAAUGAAAGGGAACGCGAUUAUGAUCACAAAGUCCGGUAUCAAUAAGUCAGUAACCAAAUUGAAGCUGUCUCCAGGUUCAAUAAGAGUGCUUCCACGAAUACUUAAGCAAGGUACCAAAAAGAUUCAAAAGAAUAACUUAAUCAGAGUGACAGAAGCUUGCAGCAGCGUCUCUUGGAAGGAUAACAACACGUUACCUCAUCAACCACAAUUGAUUCUACCAAUAAGUAGAAUACUUUCAAACAAUCAAGGUAUGGAAGGUAAGAUGGAAAAACAGACAUAUAAUAAUAGUAUUAAUACAACUAAGGUGCCAUCUACGGGUGGUACAAGUUCUAAAUAUUUUAUGUGUCAAACUGUUGAUAGCAAUCAUCAGACGUAUGUAGUACAGAAUGGUACAGGUGAUACAGAUUAUAAUUGCAUAAAAAAUCAAGAGACUACAGCUAAGAGUAAUAAAGUUGCUUCAAUUACAGAAAUACCAUUGUAUAAAAAAAGUAUUGAAUCACAGUACCCUGCAAAUUGCAAAAGACUCAUAAAUUAUAACAAUGAGAGCAACAUUUUGUUGCCUCGGAAGAACUUUAAAAUAAGUAAGGGAAAAUGCAUUGCUACUAUAAAAAACACAGAAAAUGGAAAAAUAGUCACAUCGCUGAAGAGUGUGGCAAAUCUUAUGCCAAGAUCUAAUCAGCAUGACUUAAGUAAUAAUAGAAAAAAUUUCAAUAAUAAAGUCUCGUAUGAUAGAGAUAAUUUGCUUGAAGUUAAACCUGACCCAGAUUCUAAGAGUCUGAUGCAGGAAGAUGGUACUCCAGUAGAAUUUACGAGUGAAAGUGUGACAAGCGUCGAUCACGGUACAGCAAGAAACAAUAUGCAGAGCAAGGACUUGAAGGCAGGAUCUCAAAAUGAUCAUUUUAUUAAUGAUGGUUCUAUGCAACAUAUUUCACAGCUUACAGACAUUGAUGUGAAAGCGCAAUCAAAUGUGCAGAGUAAGGCUAUAUCUCAAAAGAAAUUGUCGACUCGAUUAAACAUUAUAAGAAAGGCGAUGGACAGCGUGAAAGACCAUGAGCUGCGCGAAUUGGCGCUGAAGGCCCUCGCGGACUGUGGCAUCGGGAUCGAGAAGUACGUCCCGAUACGUCCGCCGGAGGCUCACAAAACUGUGCACGAUACACAAGUGCAAACCACAGUGUUUGGCCUGCUUGAUCCCAAAUCCUUUAUAUUAAUAAACAAGGACUUGGACAAUAUGUAUAGACAAAAUCAGAUUACUCUUCAUGAUAUGCCUGGCGAUCAAAACUUAUUAGCAAAUGAGCCACAUUCUAAUAAUUUAGUUUCCAAAGAUUCCAAUGUAGUAGAGCAAGAAAUUCCUUUUGAUUUAGACAGUUUAGUGGAAGAAUUUUGGAAAGAGGAAUCAAAUACUGCUAAAAUAAAGGAGACUCUAUCGGUGACGAAUGAAAAACACAAUCUUCUAAAAUCUUUGCAAAAAGAUUUCGAAAGUAUCAAACAAUAUGAUCAGAAUGGCAUGCUAAAUAUACAUAAUGCUGUCAUAAACAAUAAUAGCUUUCUUGUUCAGAAACAAUUAGUAGUACUGAAGUACUGUAAACAAAGUGUUGAUAUAUUGACUGAGGACGGAGUGACGAGCUUGGAAUUAGCGAUCAAAUAUGAUGCAUGCAGUGGAAUAGUAAAACUCUUACUCGAUGCUGGAGCGCAACCAGUAAGAUCCAUACAUGAAUCGGCGGUAAUUAUAGCUAGUAAACAAUCGUCAUCUUUACUUCCGAUGCUCAUUAGCCGGGUCUCAGAUCCAAAGUUGUUCAAUCAAUUUGAUUCAGAGGGUUUUGCAGCAAUACAUUAUUGUAGUAGACUUGGUAAUUUGCAAGGGGUCAAGGCGCUGUUAUCAGCUGACGCGACUGUAGACCUGAAGGAUAGAAAAUCUGGACGGACGGCUUUGUUUCAUGCAAUAGACAAUGGUCAUAAGUUGGUGAUGCAAGCACUGUUAAGAGCCGGAGCGGUCGCAACCAUUGCGAACUAUGCGGGACAAACGCCUCUGACCAUACUUAACGAUAUGAAGAUGUCUUUCAAAAUGUCAUUAGAAGGAAAUACAACGUAAUCGUUUUGGUUUUCACGAAGUGACGACUUUUUGAUGAGACAUACUUAAGCAAGUUUAUUUUAAUUCUUGCCGAUCCAAGAUGAGAUCAAUUUGAUACCCUAAAAUAUAAAUCGCAUAAAUUUAAACUGCAAAA